AUGGCAUCUUUCCCAGAUAAACUCCCCUUGAUUCGAUUGCCCGAACCUUACAAAACCGCAUAUCGCCUGCAGGUUGUCUCCGUUCAACACGGCGUCCGGAAACUCCAGCUUCGACGGUCCCCGCGCGUUGACGACGGCAUUCCCCCUCCAGAGCAGCUGCACCGCGACAACCUCCACUUCACAGACUUGCAAGAGCCCGAUCCGUCUAGAAGUCCGCCAGAAGGAAACAACUCUGCUUGGGCACGGGCGCAGAGGAGCCCCGUUACAUACUGGACAUGGGAAGGAAAGGAGGCGCCCUCGGUUGGGCAGAUUUGGAAUGUUCUACACGGCCUUUUGACCUUGCGUACUGAAUUCGAGAUGUUUCGCGCCGUGCUAUCGGGAGCAGGGAGAGAACAACUGGGGAGGGAAUUGCAAGCUGUUGGACUGGCGACUGAGCAUCCCAGACCUUCUGCUCCUCCAGGGCAGCGUAUCCCGCAGUCCCCAGAUCUCUCGAACCAAUUGGUCAUCUACCGCAGCACGUUCUGGCAAGGCGCUGGCUCACCGUUUGGUCCGAGGCCAGUCUGGGUUUGCGAUCCUGACAUCUAUGCAUCCCUCCGCCGACCUUUGACAUCAUUUCCAACGCAUCCCGUUCAGCACACCCUGACCACCAAAUCCGCCGAUGUUCGCGUUCACGCUCUCCAUCCCUUUCGACCGCGCAAGCCGACUCCAGGGUCUAGGAUGUAUAGCCGGUACAUUCCGCAACUAGACGAGUUCUUCUCCAUCUGGGCCUUGGACUAUCGGAACGAGGAACAUCUACAGCUAUUUCACGCAUGGCAGAACGAUCCCCGUGUAGCUAAGGGCUGGAACGAGACUGGGACACUGGACCAGCACCGGAGCCACCUUCGAAAGAUUGACGAGGAUCCUCACCAGAUCGCGGUCCUGGCCAAGUUCAAUAACACUUUCUUUUCCUACCAUCAGAUCUAUUGGGCCAAGGAAGACAGCAUCGGCGCACACUACGACGCAGAUGACUGGGACCGCGGUCGCCACUCGCUCGUCGGGGACGUGCGCUUCCGCGGGCAGCAUCGCGUGAUGGUCUGGUGGUGCAGUAUUAUGCACUACAUGUUUCUGGACGAGGCUCGAACGAGGUACAUUGUCGGCGAGCCUGAGUUCACGAACCUGACAGUGCUGGCAUACGACCACGCUACGGGAUUCAGCCUUGAGAAGCUCAUUGAUCUUCCGCAUAAGCGAUCUGCGCUGGUCAAGUGCAGCCGAGAGAAAUUCUUCCACAUCUCUCCGUUUCGCUUCGAUGGGUCGAACCAUCUCGAGCGCGAUCCGUAUCGGGCGUUGAAGCUAUAG